CCAACACGCGUCAGCCCUGCGAUGGAGGUGCCGAGGAAUAUGAAGUUGUUGGGCGCAUACAGCUGGGUCAAAGGAGCGUCGACGCCAACUGUUAUCGUCCCUGGUGCCCCCCCACAGUUGGGCCUGCGCCGACCGCCGUACUCUCUCUCCGCGGACAAGCCGCUCCAGAUCAGCGAAGAGAACUACUUCCGUCUGGGUCCCACCGCGUCGCCUCUUCUGCCGCUCUUCUGCGCCGUCGACGUGGUGGAACAGAGCAGAGAACGGCGCCGCGAAGACGACGGUCCACCAUCCGCAACUUUGUCCGACGACCGCUCCCCCUUGCACCUCCCGUGGUGGGCCGUCGACGUCGUCGCGGAUCGCGAGUGCCUCAUUCGCCUCCUCCGCUGGCUUUGGACCGACUCCAUGGAACAGAGCAAUAACGACAUCGACCCCGCAUUAAGACUGGAGUCCAAGGGAUAUCCAACCGACACUUUGGACAGGUUCCGCAUCGACGUCCAGCUUGUGGGGAACAGGACGUUACUGCUGCACCGAUGGGAGCGGCGGCCAUGCGAGUAUACCAGGGACUCUACUCACGACCGUGGCUUUAUGCGCAUGAACACAACGCCGGCCCCGGACUGCGAAGACACAUCAGGUCACUACCGCAUCCUGAACUUUGAACUAGGCGGCAUGAAGCUCGUCAUGUCCAGCAAAACGGACGCGUGUCUC